AUGGAACAUGAGGAUUUUGUAAUGGAGGGGCAUGGCAAGACUCCACCUCCUGGUGAAGAAAACAAACAAGAGAAGGAGCAAGAAAGGGAAGAACAGUUAAUGGAAGACAAGAAAAGGAAGAAAGAGGAUAAGAAAAAGAAGGAAUCUGCUCAGAAGGUCACAGAUCAAAAAACCAAAGUGCCCGAAGUGACGAAACCAAGUUUAAGCCAACCAGUGGCUGCCAGCCCAAUUGGCAACUCUCCAUCGCCACCAGUGAAUGGUGGCAACAAUGCCAAAAGGGUGGCAGUGCCGAACGGACAACCGCCAAGCGCCGCCCGCUACAUGCCUCGGGAGGUGCCGCCGCGAUUCCGUUGCCAGCAGGACCACAAAGUGUUACUGAAACGUGGGCAGCCCCCUCCUCCAUCCUGUAUGCUCCUUGGCGGUGGAGCAGGGCCUCCUCCCCCAACAGCACCAGGAGCAAACCCAAACAACGCACAACCAGUGACAGGCGCACUGCUGCAGGGCGACAGUGGGACUGCAACAGAUUCAGCAAUUGGAGGUGCUGCUGCUUCAAAUUAUGCAAAUUCCACUUGGGGUCCUGGAGCCUCCUCCAACAGCGGCACCAACGCCAACCCAACUCACAUCUGGGACAAGGUGAUUGUAGACGGGUCUGACAUGGAAGAGUGGCCUUGUAUUGCCAGCAAAGAUGCUGAGUCUUCUUCCGAAAACACCACCGAUAACAACAGUGCCUCGAACCCUGGCUUGGAGAAGAAUACUCUGCCAGGAAGCACCACUAGUAACAAAGGAAAAGGAAGCCAGUGCCAGUCUGGAAGCGCUGGAAACGAAUGUAAUCUUGGGGCUUGGAAAUCUGAUCCCAAGGCUAAAUCUGUUCAAUCUUCCAACCCUGCUGCCGAGAGUAACAACGGACUAGGUAAUUGGAGGAACUUGAGUGGACAAGAUAGAAUCAGUCCCAGUUCUGGCUUCAGCAACUUUAACCCAAAUAGCAACCCAUCUGCUUGGCCGGCACUGGUUCAAGAGGGCAGUUCUAGGAAGGGGACUUUGGAAUCUGAUAGUGGUAGCUCCAAUGCACAGAUUAGCACAGUAGGUCAGACCUCUAGGGAACAGCAGUCAAAGAUGGAAAAUGCGGGUGUUAACUUUGUCUCUGGCAGAGAACAGGCUCAAAUUCAUAACACUGAUGGACCAAAAAAUGGAAACACUAACUCCUUGAACUUAAGUUCACCAAACCCUAUGGAGAAUAAGGGAAUGCCCUUUGAAAUGGGCUUGGGGAACCCUUCCAGGAGCACUGACACCCCUUCACAAAGCACUGGAGAAAGAAAGACUGGGAGUGUUGGAUCUUGGGGUACAGCUAGAGGGUCUUCUGGAACUGACACAGUCUCUGGACAGAGCAAUUCUGGAAACCAUGGGAACAAUGGAAAGGAUAGAGAGGACUCCUGGAAAGGAGCUUCUGUUCAAAAACCUAAUGGGUCAAGAAGUGAUUCUUGGGAUAACAAUAACCGGUCUACGGGUGGUGGGUCUUGGAACUUUGGCCCUCAGCAUGCAAAUGAAAGCAAAUGGGGUGAAGGGAACAAAUUAACGUCUGGGGUCUCUCAGGGAGAAUGGAAACAGCUGUCUGGGUCUGAUGAACUGAAGAUUGGAGAAUGGAGUGGUCCAAACCAACCAAAUUCUAGCACUGGAGCAUGGGACAAUCAAAAAGGCCACCCUCUUCCUGAAAACCAAGGCAAUUCCCAGGCUCCCUGUUGGGGAAGAUCUUCCAGCUCUGCGGGAAGUGAGGUUGGAGGUCAAAGCACUGGAAGCAACCACAAAGCAGGAAGUAGUGACAGUCACAAUUCUGGACGCCGGUCAUACAGGCCUACGCAUCCUGAUUGCCAGGCAGUCUUGCAGACUUUGCUGAGCAGGACUGAUUUGGACCCCCGAGUGCUUUCAAACACCGGCUGGGGUCAAACUCAAAUUAAGCAAGAUACCGUGUGGGAUAUUGAAGAGAUGCCGCGGCCUGAGGGGAAGUCUGAUAAAGGAACUGAGGGGUGGGAGAGCUCUGCCACACAGACAAAGAACUCAGGGGGCUGGGGUGAUGUACCCAGCCAAAGCAAUCAAAUCAAGUCUGGAUGGGGUGAGCUCUCAACCCCAACGGAGUGGAAGGACCCCAAAAAUACUGGAGGAUGGAAUGACUAUAAGAACCCCAAUUCUUCUAAUUGGGGAGGAGGGAGACCAGAAGAAAAAUCAUCUUCCUCUUGGAAUGAUAGCUCUAGUAAGGAUCAGGGGUGGGGUGGACGGCAGCCUAAUCAAGGAUGGUCUUCUGGAAAGAACGGUUGGGGAGAGGAAGCUGACCAAACAAAAAACAGCAACUGGGAAAGUACAGGAAACAAGCCAGUGUCUGGUUGGGGUGAAGGUGGGCAAAAUGAGAUUGGAACUUGGGGUAAUGGUGCAAAUACAAGCGCUGCUUCAAAGGGUGGAUGGGAUGAUUGUAAAAGAACUUCAACAUGGAAUGAGACGGGUCGACAGCCCAACUCCUGGAACAAGCAGCAGCAGCACCAGCAGCAACAGCAGGAGACUUCUGGUUCCUGGGGUCCACCGCCCCAAACUCCAAGUAAUGGGCGACCUCCAAACCCAAACUGGAACAGCGGACCACAGCCAGCUGCCCCUAAAGAGGAGGAGCCUAGUGGCUGGGAAGAACCUUCUCCACAGUCAAUCAGUCGAAAAAUGGAUAUUGAUGAUGGCACUUCAGCAUGGGGAGAUCCUAGCAGUUAUAACUACAAGAAUGUGAACCUGUGGGACAAGAACUCACAAGGAGGACAGGCCCCACGGGAGCAGAGCCUGCCUACUCCAAUGACUAGCAAAUCACAAGCAUCAGUCUGGAGCAAAAGCACUCCGCCUGCUCCAGAUAAUGGUACGUCCGCCUGGGGUGAGCCAAAUGAAACCAGUCCUGGGUGGGGUGAAGUAGAUGAUACAGGAGCAUCGACAACAGGCUGGGGGAAUGCACCUUCCAACACCCCGAAUGCCAUGAAAUCUAGUUCUAAAUCUAUGCAAGAUGGCUGGGGAGAGAGUGAUGGGCCAGUGACAGGAACACGUCAUUCCAGCUGGGAAGAGGAGGAGGAGGGAGGAGUCUGGAACACCGCAGGCUCUCAGGGAAGCAGUUCCUCCCACAACUCAACAAGCUGGGGGCAAGGAGGAAAGAAAACACAAAUGAAGUGCGCAUUAAAAGGAGGAAAUAGUGAUUCGUGGAUGAACCCUUUAUCCAAACAGUUUUCAAAUAUGGGCUUGCUAAGUCAAACUGAGGACAUUCCAGGCAGUAAGAUGGACUUGUCUGUAGGUGGUCUCCCAGAUAAGAAGUUCGAGGUAGAUAAACGAGCCAUGAAUCUCGGGGAUUUUAAUGACAUGAUGAGAAAGGAUCGAUCUGGGUUCCGUCCAUCUAAUUCCAAAGACAUGGGAACCACAGAUAGUGGGCCUUAUUUUGAGAAGCUGACUUUGCCUUUCUCCAAUCAAGAUGGGUGCCUUGGGGAUGAGGCUCCCUGCUCUCCCUUCUCCCCUUCUCCCAGCUACAAGCUGUCUCCCUCUGGUUCCACACUAUCCAACGUCGGCCUUGGGGCAAUCGGCUCAGGGCUCAGUCCCCAAAACUUCGCUGCUAGACAAGGUGGCAAUCAUGGUUUGUUUGGAAACAGCACAGCACAAUCGAGGGGCGUGCACACACCAGUGCAGCCACUAAAUCCUUCCCCUAAUAUCCGGGCGCAAGUGCCUCCCCAAUUUCUUUCUCCCCAGGUUUCGGCCUCCAUGCUCAAACAGUUUCCCAACAGUGGCUUGAAUCCUGGUCUUUUCAAUAUGGGCCCCCAGCUUUCUCCACAACAGAUUGCCAUGCUGAGCCAGCUUCCACAGAUUCCCCAGUUUCAAUUAGCAUGUCAGCUCCUCCUUCAGCAGCAGCAGCAGCAGCAGCUGUUACAGAGCCAGAGGAAGUUAUCUCAAGCUGUGCGACAACAGCAGGAGCAACAGAUUGCUCGUAUGGUGAGUGCCCUCCAGCAGCAGCAGCAGAGGCAGCCUGGCAUGAAGCAUUCACCAUCCCACCCUGUUGGGCCUAAGCCACAUUUAGAUACCAUGGUACCCAAUCCUUUGAAUGUGGGACUCUCAGAUUUACAGACCAAAGGGCAAAUACCUGGAUACAGUUCAGGCUUUGGCUCAAGUGGCAUGGAUUAUGGCAUGGUGGGAGGGAAAGAGGCUGGAACAGAAUCCCGCUUCAAGCAGUGGACUAUGAUGGAAGGGCUGCCCUCUGUGGCUUCACAAGAUGCCAAUAUGCACAAAAAUGGUGCAAUAGUGCCCCCUGGAAAGGCUCGCGGAGGAUCGCCCUACAACCAGUUUGACAUAAUUCAGGGCGACCCACUAGGUGGCCAUGCAGGCCCUGCUGGUGAUAGUUGGUUACCUGCCAAAUCUCCACCAACGAACAAGAUUGGAAGCAAAUCCAGCAACGCCAGCUGGCCUCCAGAGUUCCAACCAGGAGUGCCAUGGAAAGGUAUUCAAAACAUUGACCCUGAAUCUGACCCCUAUGUGACCCCUGGAAGUGUGCUGGGGGGGACAGCCACAUCUCCCAUUGUAGAUACUGACCACCAACUUCUGCGGGACAACACCACAGGGUCUAAUUCUUCCCUCAACACCUCGCUGCCUUCACCUGGUGCCUGGCCUUACAGUGCCUCUGACAAUUCCUUCACCAACGUUCAUAGCACUUCAGCAAAAUUCAGUGAUUACAAAUCAACGUGGUCCCCAGAUCCCAUAGGACACAAUCCCACUCAUCUCUCCAACAAGAUGUGGAAAAACCAUAUUUCCUCAAGGAACACUACAGGGCUGCCCCGCCCACCUCCUGGCCUGACCAACCCCAAACCAUCAUCUCCAUGGAACAGCACAGCAUCCCGAUCGGUCAGGGGCUGGGGGGCACAGGACUCAAGGCUUGCCUCUGCAUCUGCUUGGAGUGAUGGUGGCUCAGUUCGUCCUAGCUACUGGCUGGUUCUUCACAAUCUCACUCCACAGAUCGAUGGGUCAACCUUGAGGACGAUCUGCAUGCAGCAUGGCCCACUGCUGACAUUCCAUCUGAACCUGACCCAGGGCACUGCCCUUAUCCGAUAUAACACCAAACAGGAAGCGGCCAAGGCCCAGACUGCACUGCACAUGUGUGUGUUGGGAAACACUACCAUCCUGGCUGAGUUUGCCACAGAUGAAGAGGUUAGUCGCUUUCUGGCACAAGCUCAGCCCCCUACACCUGCAGCAACCCCAAGUGCACCCACGGCAGGCUGGCAAUCCCUGGAGACAGGACAGAACCAGACAGAUCCAGUUGGACCUGCUUUGAAUCUCUUUGGUGGGUCAACAGGGCUUGGGCAGUGGAGCAGUGGUGGCAGCGGCGGCAGCAGUGGGGGUGAUCUCACUGGCGCUUCGUUGUGGGGGCCCCCAAACUAUUCUUCAAGCUUGUGGGGGGUCCCAAGCGUAGAGGAUCCACACCGAAUGGGCAGCCCUGCUCCCUUACUACCUGGAGACCUUCUGGGAGGAGGGUCGGAUUCAAUCUGAACUUAGAACUUUCAACUCUGACCUCGUGACCUUUUUUGGAACAGCAGCAGCACUAACUUGAUCUUUUUGUUUUUUUCAACUUGCAAUAAAUACAUUUAUAAAAGGAAAAAAGAAAAUGGAGAGAGAAAAAAAGGUGGGUCAUUGACAGACUGUCUGAGCACAUAGUUGCCUCCCUUAUAUAACUUCAGUUUUUUCGUUUGGAAUAUGAAUCCAAAAAGAGAACAUAUCACUCUUGAAAUACUUGAAUCAUGAACGCCAACUUAGAAAGACAAUGUGAAGCAAGUACACAUACCAUUUAAA